GGUACGAAUAAGUGCUUUUAACUUAUAAUCCAGAAGCUGGACUUAUAAGUGCCAGCCAAACACCCCCGUAAUCUCGGGGGAAAAGUGAACAGUCGAGCUUUAGUACGACUGUUCGAAAGGACGCUAAAAGGAUAGAGAUUGCAACACGUGUCACUCUGUACUAAGAGACGCUCAUCCCAAGACACGAGCUUCUUCUACUUCCCCACUUUAGAUGACCAGUGUCCAUUGCAAUGUCUCAAAAAGUCAGCAUGGAUAAUGAUACUAAAAGAAGGCAACUUGAUACUGGAUCCAGAGCUGUUGACAAAAUUAGCAACUUGUCCGUAAACUUAAAAUACCUCAUCCUUGAACGCUUGCCACUGCAUGAUGCCGCAAGAACAGCUGUCCUCUCAAAAAGUUGGAGAAAUGUAUGGGAAACACACCCAGUCUUGGUUUUUGAUGAUGUAUUUUUCUCCCGAAUGGUUUCAGGAAUAGAUGAACAGGCCCAAGUAUCUAAUGUUUCAAGAACCAUCAGUAACAUUCUUUUACUUCAUGAUGGUUCUGUCUCCAGAUUCCAUCUUUCUGUUCCUUUAGAGUUUCCUCUUCAUAAGUGUUUGGAUGCGGAUUUGUGGAUCAAACGAAUAUCGAAAAGUGGGAUUAGGAUAUUAAAGCUUAUUAAUAUAACACCAGUUCCCUACACUAUGCCUUCUUAUCUGUUUUCGUGUUUGGAGUUGACAAAUUUGACACUUGAUAAUUGUAUACUCAACCCACCCCAAAGAUUUGGAGGUUUCAGGAAUCUGAUUAAAGUUAAACUCUCCCAUGUCAGAAUUACUGCUGACAUGUCAUUUGGGAGUCGACUUGAAAGAAUGUUCUUGAAUCUUUGCACUGGGAUUAAACAUCUGGGAUGCCAAUUUAACUAUCAAAACAAUCUCAUUCGUGACUUGGUGAUCUUUAGCAGAGAAAGAAUUGAUUGGCGAUGGUUCGGAACCACCAAAAAAGUUCAUUUUCUAGGUCUCUUGUUGGCAGGGUCUUCAAAUUCUAGGAAAGACAUCUCGGAUUUAGCCAAGUUACUUGGGAAUAUGCCUAAUAUCGAAGAUCUUCUCCUCGACAAUUUUUUCUUGAGGUUUCUGGAGCUAGGUGCAUCUCUUUCCAAUAGACUUCCAACCACAUUGGUGAACUUGAAAACUUUGCUAGUUUCCUUUGGUGGAGAUUGGGAUUGGGUUUUUAUUCACCGUGUCCUGUGCUUGAUUAGAAGUUCGCCCAAGCUGAAAAUCCUUCGUAUAUGGCCGGAAAUUGGAUUAAGCAGAAUGCAUGGUACUGAUUCAGUGGCAGCUAGCAGGGCUGAACAGUAUAUGCUAUCACCAGAUUUCGUCAACACGAUUCUUGAUGAACUUGAAACUGUGCAUCUAAAGGAAGUGAAGGGUUCAGGGUGUGAGCUUCAUUUUAUAAAGCUUUUGCUUGCAUCUUCCCCUUCGCUUAGAUGGAUGAAGAUUUCUAAAAGCGACUCAAUUGGUGGUCCUAAAGAAGAGUUGAGGAUUCUAGGAGAGGUGGCACGGCUCCCUAGAGCAUCCGCUACUGCAGAAUUGAUAUGGACUUCUGCUGGUAGCCAGGAUGAUUGGUGAGAGUAUCUGCUACUUUAUAAAUAGUAUGAACUUAAUUACUGGACUCUGGUAGCCAGGUUGAUUGUACUCGUUAAAACUUUUCUGGAACGGUUUCCAUCUUUUCAAUCUGUUUAAAAGCAGAGCACUUUCUGACUUUCAUCUUUUUCCAUCAAGUUGUCUUAUUAGUCAUCAU